AAGCACAAGCGCCUCUGCCACGGCAAACACACAGAGUUUUCCACAAUGCCGCCAUCAUCGUCGUCGUCGUCGUCGUCGUUACCGUUGUCGUCGUCGUCGUCGUAGCCCCACAAUCGACGUCGUAGUCUGACUGCCUGGCCUCUGUGUGUGCUGUGUGUUAAGUUUGUUUUGAGUUUUUCCGUAUCAAAAUGUGCAAAACGUUUUCAGUCUAAUUCAGACACUCGUGCUGAAAAGACUUUUGGGGCACGUUCUGCUGUUGCCACAACGAGGCAGCCACGCUACACGCCGCCACUCGACACACUACUCACACUAUCACACACACACACACACACUCAUACGAUAACAACAACAACAUCGAGGAGGAGCAAACAAUAACAAAAGCAUAUUUUGCCAAUUGUCAAAUUUUUGUUGUUGGCGACAAAUGCACGCAACGUAGUGCGCGUAACGUAACGUAACGUAACACACACACUUUAACGCACUCAUACUAUUACAGCUAAACUACAUGCACACACCCACACACACAUGUUAAUUAUAACGCGACUUUUACGUGAGCGAAUUGCGAAUUACGAAUAACGCGCGCCGUCGUCGUGCACUACGUAAAACUUUUACGGUGUUCCCACACACACACAUUCGUACACUCAUACAUACACAUAGACUUAGCCAUAGACUAAUUGCAAAUGAAACUUUGGCGCCUCUCGCACGCUGAUCAAUAAGCAACUGCUUAAAUAUUUUGUGUGCGCUCUCUUCGUCACAACAACUCGCUCGCUCUCUUCUGUCGUCGCUCUCUCACCACAAACAAAAUGGCGUCCACGGAGACGCCAACGUGUCCCAGCAGCAGCAGCGUCGAUCGCAACAACAGCAUCACGAGCAGCAGCGGGAACGCAGCCGCAGAGCAAACGGAGAGCGAAACAAAUGCAACAACAACAGCAACAACGGAGCAGGCGCAAGCGGCGCAGCGACAGCGCAGCGGCGGCACGCCCCCUCGCCACCACCCCUCCGACGACAACGAUGAGGAGAAAGAGAAAAGCGGAGCAACAUCGUUGCCAGUGACGCCGACAGGAUCACCGCAUGCCACCGCCACCGCAGGUAGCUCCUCCCCCUCCUCCAGCACCACGCAACAACAGCGACAACAUCACCAACAACAGCAGCAACAGUUGCCGCAACAAUUCUGUUUGCGCUGGAACAAUUAUCAAUCGAACUUGACGACGAUCUUCGAUCAGUUGCUGCAAAAUGAAUCCUUUGUGGACGUGACGCUCGCCUGCGACGGACGCUCGAUGAAGGCACACAAAAUGGUUUUAUCCGCUUGCUCCCCGUACUUCCAAACGUUACUCGCAGAGACGCCUUGCCAGCAUCCGAUUGUCAUCAUGCGGGAUGUGAAUUGGUGUGAUCUCAAGGCGAUUGUGGAGUUCAUGUAUCGCGGGGAGAUCAACGUGAGUCAGGAUCAGAUUGGUCCGCUGCUGCGCAUUGCGGAGAUGUUGAAAGUGCGCGGCUUGGCGGAUGUCACCCACAUGGAGGAGGUCAACUCGGUGGCAGCAGCAGCAGCGGCUGCAGCAGCUGCGGCAGCAGAGGCAGCGGAUGCGGCUUCGUCGUCGUCGCCCGCACAGGUUUCACCCAAGACAGCGGCUGAUCGCGAGGCGGAGGAGUUGCUCGCCUUUAUGCAGCCGGAGAAGAAGUUGCGCAGCAGCAGCGACUGGGAUUGCAGCGAGUUGCGUCUGACACCACCGCAGCAGCAGCAGCAACCACAGCUGCCCCUUCCUCCCCAGCAGAGUCGCAAUGUGCGCAAGCGUCGCUGGCCAUCGGCUGAUACCAUCUUCAAUCCGCCCGCCAGUCCAUUGAGCAGCCUGAUUGCCGCCGAGCGUUUGGAGCAGGAGCAAAAGGAGCGAGAACGCGAGCGGCAACGCGAUUGUUCGAUUAUGACGCCGCCGCCUAAAGCGUUGGCAGCGCUGCCUUUGCCUCUGCCGCUGCCGCCGCGUCGUCUAACGCCCUCGGCAGCAGCGCUCGAGACUGCGCUGCAUGGCCUCGAUAUGCCGUCACCUGCAACGACACCAGCGCCCGUUGGAGGCGUCCGCCCCCGCCCGCUCUCCCAAUCGCUAUCCAGCCCACAACAGCAACAACAACAACACCAGCAGCAACAACAACAACAGCAGGCGGCGGCUGCAGUGCAUCAUUUGCAUCAGUUGCAGCAGCAACAUCAAGCUGCCCAGCAACAACAACAACAACAACAUCAUUCUCUUGGUCAUGGCAGCUCCUCUUCCAGUUCCGGCUCUUCCGUUCAUCCCUCGUCCGCUGCCGCCGAAUCGCGUUAUCCGCUCGGCUCUGCGGCGGCGAUGGCAGCCGCUGCCAUGGAGCUGAGCGUGGCAGCGGCAGCGGAGCCGCGUUUGCCGCCACCGCCUCAUCAUCAUGCCGGACCCUCGACGUCCACAUCGCUGGCCGACGAUAUGGAGAUCAAGCCGGGCAUUGCCGAAAUGAUACGUGAGGAGGAGCGGGCAAAAAUGAUGGAGAACUCGCACGCUUGGAUGGGCGCCACCGGUUCAACGUUAGCAGCAGACAGCUAUCAGUAUCAAUUGCAAUCGAUGUGGCAAAAAUGCUGGAACACCAAUCAAAAUCUUAUGCAUCAUAUGCGAUUUCGCGAACGCGGUCCUCUAAAAUCCUGGCGACCCGAAACGAUGGCCGAGGCCAUCUUCAGUGUCCUCAAGGAGGGACUUUCGCUGUCGCAAGCAGCCCGCAAAUAUGACAUACCCUAUCCAACGUUUGUGCUCUAUGCGAAUCGAGUGCACAACAUGCUCGGACCGUCCAUCGAUGGGGGACCCGAUUUGCGGCCCAAGGGACGCGGGCGACCGCAACGCAUACUGCUGGGCAUCUGGCCGGAUGAGCACAUCAAGGGCGUGAUCAAGACGGUUGUUUUUCGCGACACCAAGGACUUGAAGGACGACAGUUUGGGGGCGCACAUGCCACCCUAUGGACGGCAUUCGCCCGUGUUUCCUUUGCAGGACAUGACCCUGAGCUAUCCAGGCGCUAGUGGCGCCAUGCCAGGCAGCGGCGGUGUUGGCAGCGGCGCCUCGGCCCUAGGCGCUUUGGCCUGUCCCAAUGGCAUGGGCAGUGCAGCUGCUGGCGGUGGCAGCGCUGCCGGCGGCAGUGUUGGCGGCGGCGGUGUUGGUGGUGUCGCUGGCAUGGCAGGCGUGGGUGAUCAGCAAAUGUCGCAGGAGCAAAUGUCGGCGGUGGCCGCUGUGGCGCACAACAUACGCCAGCAGAUGCAAAUGGCAGCGGCGGCGCAGCAUCAGCAUGGCGACGCGGGACCGCCGCCGGGUCUCUUCAAUUUGCCGCCCCAUUUGGCGGGCGCUGGACCUGGUGGCAGGGCAAGCAUAUCGCCGGCAUUGAGCAGCGGCUCGAAUCCGUCGCUUGGUCCCCGGCAUGCGCCCUCGCCCUGCGGUCCCGCCGGUCUCAUGCCGAAUCUGCCGCCCAGCAUGGCCGUUGCACUGCAUCGCGAUCCAGCGGCCGCCGCGCUGCUGACCCAGCAGCAGCAGCAUCACCUGCAGCAACUGCAACUGCAUCAACACCAACAACAGCAGCAGCAGCAGCAACAACAACAACAGCAGCAGCAACAACAACAGCAGCAACAUGUGCUGCAUCAGCAACAAGCGGCCGCAGCGGCGGCGGCAGCGGCUGCAGCAGCUGCUGCUGCAGUGCAUCCGCAUCAUCUGCAGCCUCACAAAUCCGGUUUCGGUGCCAGUUCCAUGUCGUCAGCCAGCGCUGGCUCCUCUGCCGUCCAACAGCAGCAGCAGCAGCAACAACAACAGCAACACCUGCAGCAGCAACAUGCACAGCUUGGAUUGAGUCACCUGGACAAAUCCAAGUCAAAGGGCAGUCCGCUGCGCAGCGAAACGCCGCGUCUGCACUCCCCGCUAGCCGAUCUGGGACUCGAGAUGAGCUACAAGCGAGAAUAUUCCCCCACGCGACUUUUCGCUGAUGACUUGGCUGAGUUGGUGGGCGGCAGCGGGGGCGUAGGAGUGGGCGUGGGCGUGGGCAUUGCAUCCUCAUCGUCAUCUGCGACCAGUGUGACCACAGCGACGACGACAGUGACGCACAGCGGCGCAGCAGCAACGGUUGCUGGCAGCGGCGUCGACAGCGGCAGCAGCAGCAACAUCAAAGUGGAACCCAUUACCACAAGCAGCGAAUAGAAUCCACACAACUAAAACACAAUCAAAAAGCGAAAGCGUGAAAGAGAGGGAGCAUAAUUUUGAAAAACAAAAAACCGUUUACUUUAAUAUAGUAUUGAAUGGGAUAUUUACUUAGACUACUCGUAUAUAGUAUUUUAUAAAGCGCGUUCCUUACGUUUCGGUCGCCAAAAACCACAAACAACAAAAAACUUAAGUCCACUUACACUUUUUGCAUAGUUUCUAAUUUACAUUUUAAAUAAUCGCAAGAUGAGCAAGAAAAAAAAGUAUUAUUAUGUUAUAGCGCAUAAACUUAAACAAAUAAAUAGCGAUCUCUUUAAUUUUAAUACAAAAAAAUGCAAAAACAACUUAAAGCAACAACAAAAUCCCCCUUGGAACAUUCCACAACUCAACAACAACAACAAAAAAUAAAAAUCCCCGCAACAAAUUUUUAAACUAAAACCAAUAAUAAUAAGUAUUGUAACAGCAACAAAAAUAAAUUAGAAAUUGUGUGCCCAGUUUUAUUUACUUUUAUAAUUAAUUGUGAAAACAUGUACAAAAUUACUAAAAUUAAAAUUAAACUAAAACUUUUGGAUGUGCAUUAAACAUAAAAAAGAAAAACUAAAUUAAAUGAAAAAUGAAAAGAGAAAAAACUGAAAAUAUGGAAGCAACUAAAUUUAAUGUUUAGGUCUUAACAAAAAUGAAAUUCACAAAAAAUGCCUUUCGGAAUUAAAUUCAGAGACAAAAAUUUAACAAAAAAAAAAAAACUAAAUGUUAGAAUAAACCCAAAAAAAAUUGUAUGUAAAUUAUAUGCGAAUUUUUUAAACAAUUUAAAUGUAUUUAUACAAAAACAAUGCAAAAUGGCAAAUUGUAGAAAAUUGUGACAAUGAAUUUAGCAGCAAAAUUUACUCAAAGCGAAAGUUGUUGUCGUCUUUAUAGAGAUUGCUGAUUUCCAAAAUAUUUCCACGAUUUGAUAGUUAUUUCUACAAUUUUUUUAUAUUUUAUUUACAAUGUUAAAUUUAUAUCUAAAAUUUAGUUUUUUGUCUUCUCUUCUAAAGUGCCUUUUCUAGCAUUAAUUUGUAACUUAAGAAAUUUGUUUUACUUUAUUUAAUUGUUGAUUUUUCUCAGCGCUCAAAGCAAAACAACAACUUUCGCUAAUUUGUUUUUAAUUAAACCCAAACAAAAAAAAGUCUGGCAAUAUAUAUAUAUUUUUAAUAUAUAUGUAUAUAUACAUUUUUUAUGUUAAAAAAGAAAAAACUUUAGGCGUACUUUUCGGCAAAACAAAUUAAAUUCUUAUUCGUUUUUGAAGCACACAAUAAAAUAAAAAUAUAACAAGAAAAUAUAAAAAUAACAUGAAAAUAGCAAAUAAACAUUUUACAUGAAAGAACAACGGCAAAUGAAAAUCAAAUGAAAUACCAUUAAGUAAUUAAUUAAUUUACAGCAGCAAUAGCCAUAGCCCACAUACUAUAUAAAUUAAAUAUAUAUAUGUAUGUAUGUAACUCUCAUAUGAUAAAUCGCUAAACAAAAAAAAAACACAAAUCGAAAAUAAAAAUCAAACAAAAAAGUAUAUUUCCCCCACCCCUCAAGAUAGACUUUAAAUGUUCCAUAUUAAAAAAAAACGCUACAACUCAAAUUUUUGGUAAAAAAAAAAAGAUAUUACGAGUAUUUCGCGAGACACUUGUGAAUCGGUUAUCGGUUAAUAUAAUUCUAUUGUAUCUCCAGGAAAUAUGAAAUAUGUAUCAUCAUUGUAACAAACUUGACUUCAGUCAGGUUUUGCGUUUUCUAUCAACUUUUAGUGCAAAAUUUUAUGUUCAAAUUAACUUUAAAUGUCGAAAUGAAUGUUCUUAUUAAUCAAAAAUAACAAAACAUAAAAAAAAACUGAUGAAAAAAUGAAAAACAAAAAAGAAUAAAACGAAAUAUUUUAUAAAAACCAACUGGGGGAGGAUUUCAUUUUUUUGAGGGGAAAUAUUAAUUAAAUACUCCAA